UCUCUCUCACUCUUCAGUUUUACUCUCGCAUCCCACUCUUCCUCUCAUAAUUUAAACUACAGUGAACAUCUGAAAAUCCAAAAGCUUUUUUUUUUUUACCACCGUCCCCAAUCUCCCAUUGGCUCUCUCUCACGCUCGCAGAUCUCGCCUCAACACUCAACAACUUCUCCUCGGCCAUUCAUGGUGUCCCAUAAGCUCUCCCAAAAACCCACUCCGAAUUUUCGAAACUCGCCACACUUCUCCGCCUGAGGCUUCCAUGACUCGGAAUUCUCUGCCUCCGUGACCUUUCUCCUCUGCCAAUGGAGUUCACCGAGCCCUACAAGCAGACCGGCCCUUGCUGUUUCUCUCCCGACGCGCGCUUGAUCGCCGUCGCCGUCGAUUACCGCCUCGUGAUUCGCGACACCGUCUCUUUCAAGGUUGUGCAGUUAUUUUCGUGCUUGGACAAGAUUAGCUAUAUUGAAUGGGCCCUAGAUUCCGAAUACAUUCUUUGUGGUCUAUAUAAAAGACCAAUGAUACAGGCAUGGUCAUUGACCCAACCUGAAUGGACAUGUAAGAUCGAUGAAGGUCCUGCUGGUAUUGCUUAUGCUAGGUGGAGUCCAGAUAGCCGUCACAUACUUACCACAUCAGAUUUCCAACUGCGAUUAACAGUUUGGUCAUUGUUGAACACUGCUUGUGUACACGUGCAAUGGCCAAAGCAUGCUUCAAAGGGUGUUUCCUUCACCCAAGACGGAAAAUUUGCUGCCGUCUGCACUAGACGUGAUUGUAAGGACUAUAUUAAUCUGCUGUCUUGUCAUACAUGGGAGAUAAUGGGUGUAUUUGCUGUUGAUACACUAGAUUUGGCUGAGGUUCAAUGGUCGCCAGAUGAUAGUUCAGUAGUGAUUUGGGAUUCACCUCUUGAGUAUAAGGUCCUAAUAUACUCACCAGAUGGGAGGUGUCUUUUUAAGUAUCACGCAUAUGAAAGUGGAUUAGGUGUAAAAAGUGUUUCAUGGUCUCCUUGUGGUCAAUUUCUAGCAGUUGGCAGUUAUGACCAGAUGUUGCGCGUUUUGAAUCAUCUUACUUGGAAGACUUUUGCUGAAUUUAUGCACCUAUCAACAGUUCGUGGUCCAUGUUGUGCUGCUGUUUUUAAGGUAACUACUUGUUAUCUCACAUCAAUAGACAUAGCUAAUUGA